AUGUGCAGUUCCUUCCACUUUCUUCUUGCACUGAGCACCGAGGCUCCGGCCGCUGGCCUCUCACCACUUUCCUGGUGCCAUGGUCCCGAAACAGCAAUCCGCGCUCCUGCCCCAGUCCAAGAAACCCAGCAAUCCGCGCUCCUGCCCCAGUCCAAGAAACCCAAGUCGGUCCCCGCAGCAAAGCUGGAGGACAAGCCAGCCUCACUCGGCCUGCCGAAGAGAGAAAAGGAACAGCAAGAAGCAAUUGAACACAUUGAUGAAGUACAAAAUGAAAUAGACAGACUUAAUGAACAAGCCAGUGAGGAAAUUUUGAAAGUAGAACAAAAAUAUAACAAACUCCGCCAGCCAUUUUUUCAGAAGAGGUCAGAAUUGAUGGCCAAAAUCCCAAAUUUUUGGGUAACAAUAUUUGUCAACCAUCCACAAGUGUCUGCCCUGCUUGGGGAGGAAGACAAAGAGGCUCUGCAUUACUUGACCAGAGUUGAAGUGACAGAAUUUGAAGACAUUAAAUCAGGUUACAGAAUAGAUUUUUAUUUUGAUGAAAAUCCUUACUUUGAAAACAAAGUUCUCUCCAAAGAAUUUCAUCUGAAUGAGAGUGGUGACCCAUCAUCAAAGUCCACGGAGAUCAAAUGGAAAUCUGGAAAGGAUUUGACAAAACGCUCAAGUCAAACACAGAAUAAGGCCAGCAGGAAGAGGCAGCACGAAGAGCCAGAGAGCUUCUUUACCUGGUUUACUGACCAUUCUGAUGCAGGUGCAGAUGAGUUAGGAGAGGUCAUCAAAGAAGAUAUUUGGCCAAACCCCUUGCAGUACUAUUUGGUUCCUGAUAUGGAUGAUGAAGAAGGAGAGGCAGAAGAUGAGGAGGAGGAGGAGGAGGAGGAGGAGGAGGAGGAGGAGGAGGAGGAGGAGGAGGAGGAGGAGGAGGAGGAGGAGGAGGAGGAGGAGGAGGAGGAGGAGGAGGAGGAGGAGGAGGAGGAGGAGGAGGAG